AUGUUUAAUCACCGUGGGUACUACACAGAUCACCGUGGGUACUACACAGAUCACCGUGGGUACUACACAGAUCACCGUGGGUACUACACAAAUCACCCUGGGUACUACACAGAUCACCGUGGGUACUACACAGAUCACCGUGGGUACUACACAGAUCACCCUGGGUACUACACAACUCAACCUGGGUACUACACAAAUCACUGUGGGUACUACACAAAUCACCGUGGGUACUAUACAAAUCACCCUGGGUACUACACAAAUCACCCUGGGUACUACACAAAUCACCCUGGGUACUACACAAAUCACCGUGGGUACUACACAAAUCACUGUGGGUACUACACAGAUCAACCUGGGUACUAUACAAAUCACCCUGGGUACUACACAAAUCACCGUGGGUACUACACAAAUCACUGUGGGUACUACACAGAUCAACCUGGGUACUAUACAAAUCACCCUGGGUACUACACAGAUCAACCUGGGUACUACACAGAUCAACCUGGGUACUACACAGAUCAACCUGGGUACUAUACAAAUCACCGUGGGUACUACACAAAUCACCCUGGGUACUACACAAAUCACUGUGGGUACUACACAAAUCACUGUGGGUACUACACAGAUCAACCUGGGUACUACACAGAUCACCCUGGGUACUACACAGAUCACCGUGGGUACUACACAGAUCAACCUGGGUACUAUACAAAUCACCCUGGGUACUACACAGAUCACCCUGGGUACUACACAGAUCACCCUGGGUACUACACAAGACAAACAGAGUCCAAAAGGAAUUUCUCAAUAAAUAUCUACAUUGCUUAUGAGGAGUAUUAUUGA